AUGCCCGGACAUAUUUCGUCACCUAACCCUGGGUCGGGGAGCGACGGUUGCUUCGCUACGCUCAGCGACAUUCUCGACGAAGAAUGGGGCGUGGAGGGACAAUGGGACAAGAAACACCUAACGCCACAAGGUGAUCCUCCAUCAGUAGGCCCUAACGGAGAUAGGGAUGGAUACACCCUCCGUGCGACCGAAGUAAGCAACACCACCCUCGAGCUCGCCGUCUCGCCCCCCUUCCCCAUUGGCGCGGCUGAGGUAUCUCCGCCCCUUACUGUAUCCAGUCCUACGACAGGGUCUUUGAGCGGCACGGGGAGUGGUACCGCGGCGCAGGGAGGCCCCACGAACUCGAAUGCAGGAAUGAGGGUCGGGCUCCGAGGGUCGGGGUGGGCGAUGGUGGCUGCUGUUAUGGGUGCGGUGGAUGGGUUCUGA